CAGCAACAAGCAUUGAGAUGGGCUGAGAAGCAGGAAAAGCUUCACUCACUGCUGGUGGCUCUGAUAAAACUUACUCAACUCUGCUGCCCUGGCAAGUGCCACUGGAGUUAAACAGCUGCAGGCUGCUGGGGCUGUGGCUAGACUCUGGCUAUGGACUGGGGUCCCAACCAGACAGAGCUGCCGGCCUCUCAGCAGUCCAUUCCUGAGUGUCCCAUCUGCUAUGGCCCCUACAACAACCUCUUCCAGAGGCCCCUGCUCCUCCCUUGCUCUCACACCUUCUGCCUGGAAUGCCUGUCGAGGAUCUGCAUCUUCGUGAAACAAGCCCAGACCUUCCCCUGCCCUCUCUGCAGAGCACAAGUGCCCAUCCCUGAUGGAGGGAUCCCCAAAUUCCCACCCAAUAUGGAUGUUGUGACCCAGUUCCCUCCAUGGCUGCAGACCCUGCAGGAGGUCUGGCUAGAUGGACACAGACUGUGCUGGAUCAAACAGCCGUCCUUGUCCUGUCAAGUGAGUGCUGGUGAAGAAACCCCUGAGAUGCUGGUUACAGUGGAGUUAUUAUACAACCCAGCCCCUCGGGACGUCAGUAGAAGAGAUCUGAUAGGUAUCCACCAUCCCUCCCGCUUGUCCACAUGCAGGGGGCUAUGCCAGCUCCUAUGGGAGCGUCGCCUGGCUGUGUUCUGGAUUGCUAUCCUGAUGCUGGUAUUGAUCGUUUUACCCAUCAUUUUUAUACCUGAUUCCCACAUGACCAGGACUCCAGAAGGUCAGCGCCAGGUGGGGACCUUUCCGACAGCCGAUGCUCCAAGCAGCAAUCUGAGCAGGUCACACAGCUUCUAGUAACUUGCUAUCCUCUGCUUGUGUGUAACACGUGCACCUACUGCUUUACUUCACCUGCCCAGGAGAGCCGGAAGAGGCUCACAGGUGGGCCAAUGGAUAGCUUGGUGAUGCGGAGCUGCUGGGGCUGGACCAUAGCUUUUGCCCCAGCCUUGAGAGGCCUGGCCUCAGCUGCUGUGUUGUGCUGAAGGACUCUGCUCAGGCCCAGCUAAGGAAGGUGUCUAAGGCCAAGGACCAAAUUCAGGCCUCACAUAAAUCACCCUGAUUCUAAUGAAGCCAGGGGAGUUGCAUUUGCUUAUACUGGGGCUGAGCUUGGCUUCAAAUGUGUUUCUGCACUGUGAUAACUGUAGCCCCUUUGCCUUGGUACAUGCAGAUCAGCUCAUCAGCUCAGGAUGAGAGCAGGGGCAGUGUCCAGGGGAAGAGACACAGCCCAGGAACGUUUAACAUUGAGGGAUAGAAUGGAGAGGUAAAUACACUCGGCAUGAAGUGCCCUUUACAGCAGCCAACUGCAACAGAUGCAGAUUGUCAUUGAGGGCAUAGAGGGUGAUGCCACCCACCUGCCCAGUCCCUGGUUUGCCCCUGCCGCAUGACCAGAAGCUGCAACAACUUGCUCCUGAAAUGCCAGAUGAGAGGACACGAGCAUGGUGACUUUCCAUGUGGGGUGGGGGAGGGGGUGGAGGUUAUGCAGCAGAGGCCAACCUUGCCUCCCUCCAAAAAAUGCAAUAACUGCUUCUAUUUGACUGAGGCAACAAGUGCCAAAAGCAAGACAGAGGGGCAGAUGCAGGAGGGAGCUGCUGGAAGGUGGCUACAGUAGAGAGGUAGAAGGUAGAUUACAUGUGCAUGAUUAAAAUAGAGGACUGGAAUCAGGACUCCUGGGAUCUGGUUUUGGCUCUUCCAUAGGCUGCCUAUGUGAACUGGGGCACGUCACUGCUGCUGCCUGCCUCAGUUUCUCCAUUUUUAAGAUGGGAUAAUUACACCUGCUUCCUUGUGGGAUAUGAGGGUUCAUUAAUGGUUCAAUGGUACUAGUCCAUUAUUAGAUGGAAAUGGUAGAAUUCUCAAUGAUAAUACAGAAA